AUGAAACUAAGAUUGCUGGAGUCAAUGAGAAAUUCUAUGGAGAGGAAUAUAACUAGCUCCACAUGCUUGACUACUGGGUCAAAUACAUUGAAGCAGCAAGGAGUUACAGAUUUAAGCAAGUGGAAUUGCUUGUGGGUCACGGUGGCUUGGGGAAGAUGUCGGCAAGUAAAGUUUCACAAUUUUGGAGAAUCCAUCUACGAGAAAAAAGUACUUCAUAAAAUUGGAGGUAGCUCCUGGCCAGGUCAGUGCCAUGGUCAAACGCAGCGACGACGCUCAGAAACUUUAGACUUGAAAUUAGAGGGUGCGCCAGGCCCUUGCAGUAGUGCAACGCAUGGGCGACGCUUGAAGAUCCCAGCAGCAAGCUGCUAUAUUAAACUGAUAAGAACAGAUACUACACUUGAUCUUAGCCAAAAGGCCGAGAAAGGGGCAAAGGGUGUACCAUUUGUGGCAUAUACCAAUUGUCUUUCGGACAAAGAAGCUAAGCAACAGAAACCUUUUGACUUGAAAUUAGAGGGUGCGCCAGGCCCUUGCAGUAGUGCAACGCAUAGGCGACGCUCGAAGAUCCCAAUAGCAAGCUACUGUAAUGGACCCUCCCCUUCAAAAAACUAA